AAUUUGAAGCUACAUGGUAAUUUUUUCUGAAUAUUUAUAUUUUAAGAGAAAACGGGGGGAUACUGGCUUAUUUUCAUACUUUGGUAUUCGUUAUUUCAUGAUAAUCGAACCAAGUGGUUCAUGUUGUCAUUUCAGCAGCCAGGGGGCAGCCUCAUUCGGAUACAGUGUUGUGUUAUCGGCGAUGUCGAGGCUGUCGUCAUAACGAUUGCUCACAGAUAUAUUUCAUUAUCAAUAUCUUAGACUUCUCACCUAAGAAAAAUGGCAAACGAAGCAAUUUUAGAUAGUAUAAAUGACUUGGCACCUUUACAAUUGUUGAUGGAGAAACACAGGAGACAGGCAAGAUCGUUAGAAAUUUUUUUAUCUGAAAAUCUUGCGAAUAUUGAUUCUGUUCGGCCAAGAAGGAGCCAAGGAUACACAUGGAGACGUGGGGAAUCCCAAGCAUACAAGCAAAAGCUAAGAACUGUUGUGUGCAGUGAAACACUGGACAAAAUAAUUGAGCUUAAAGUUGUAAGCAGGAAUUUGCUGAUAGAAAUUCGAGCUGAAUAUGAAAAGUUUAUCGGAGCUCUUUCGCAAGGUCAUUACCAAUUCAACAUUAUACACGAUGAAUUAAAAAAGUCAAGAACUGAUCCUGUGUCAUUAAUGUCUCUAGAAAGGCGAAGAAAGGAGCUUGAAAACAGGAUUGCGUUGUUGCAGGAAAAUAAUCUGCGAAUCGAAAAUCGGAUCCAAAAAGCUAAACAGCCAACAUCUGCACUUUUCGGUGAAGAAAAUUCGACUAAAGUACAAAAAGAUGAUAAUGCAGAUGCCACCCUUCUUGUGAGCAACAAACCGAGUUUUAAUGAAAAGCUUUGCCACUCAGUCCUCGAUAUAAUGCCGGUUUCUGCUGCCACUGAUAUUGGAAAGCUUGUUCAAUAUUCUGUCAAACUUCAAAGUAAGAUUCAAAAGCUUAAAGAGAGCCUGAGGCAACAAUAUGCAAAUAAAUCAAAGCUAGCACAACUGAAAGGCCAAUUGUUAAAAAAGGAAAACAUUCAACAUCAUCUGAAUAUUUAUAAUGGACGACUACGGGAACGAUAUGAGAAUCUUCGAUCAGCUUCUGAGACAUUCCAAAAGACAGAGAAAAUUUUUGAAAGGCCUCAAACAAUUUCUGGAAUAGUCAACAAAGCUCUUCAAGAUCACAGAAAAGCUUCUCCUGAUCAAGUAGCUUUUCAGAACUAUGCUGCAAUGGGCAUCACUGAAGAUGAUGAUCCUGGAAAGAAACAAGAAGCAGAGAGUCUAAUUGAGUAUAUGGACAUGUUCAAUGAGAUGAUGAGUGCAAAGGAAUAUGAUCAGGCAGCAAGGCAUGCUGCGAAUUCCCCAAAGGGAGUUCUGAGAUCAUAUGAGAUCAUGAAGAUGUUUAAGGAUGUUGAUACAGAUGACUGUUUAGUAUCACCAUUAUUAAUUUUUUGUGAAGCACUGAUGUCAACAGCUAAAAGUACAGAAAAAAUGUCUGGUGGUUUAUCUUGUGAAAUCAUUAAAGGUGCAUUAAAAUAUCGAAACCUUGGACUGGCAUCUUAUUGGAUUAGUAAAAAAUGCCUCACUCACUCACUACCAUUAGGAAACCAGCUGUUGGACUAUUGCAAAUGUGAAGGAACAUGCAAAUGUGGGAGCCUUGAUCUAGCAAAAGAAGUCUUUGAAAGCAUGGGUGCACACAGACAAGCAUCCCUAUGUUUAUUAUCAACUGGGAAGAUCCACCAAUUAAUUCAGUAUGGAGAGGAUCACAGCUUUAGCAUUAAUGACUAUGUGUAUCUUUGCAGGAAAUUUCCAUCAACAAAGCUGCUUUUAUUUUUGAUGUCAGCUCAUAUUGAAGAUCAAAUACCUGGUCUAAUUUCCUUUCCAACUGCCAUUAACAUUUUACUGAGUACCAAAAACAGAACAGUAUUGGCUGAGGUUUUACAAGCUGUAUACAGUGAUGGUCUGCUUGAAAUCAGUGGAAAAAGAAAAACUUUGACAGAUGCUAUAUUUGCUGAAACAAUGAGAGAUGAUAUGAGCAAAUCCAAAUGGAAUCAAGUUGUGGAGUUUUGUACAGAAAAUUCAAUGGAAGAGAUUGCCUUAGAACUGAUGUCAAUUGUUGCUGUUAGAGAGGCAAUAGACAUUGCUACUUACAAAUGUUUAACCGACUACAUCUCAUGA